AUGCUUUUUUUUUUUCUUUCAAUUUCAAAUAUAAGGCUUAUUCAUUAUUUCUUUCUUAACGUCUUCAAUGUAGAGAGAAAGCGAAACGUGGGCGUGUCACCCCAGGUGUGGGUUAACUCUGCUAUGGCUGUGUUUUUUGACCACCCGCUUAAUGUUAAUUUGGAGGGUGCCUUCACCCACACAGUAUGGCAUCCCAAGGAUCAAAUGUUGGCUGUGGGCAUACUCUUUGAUGAUGACAGCGGGGGAGGAGUCUUCAUAUUCAAUGAAGUGGGAGAACUAGUUGAAAUUGAUCCCCUAAAAAGAAGUUACACCGUGUCUGUUUUAGAAUGGCACCCAACAAAACUUAUUUUGGGUAUAGCAUGGAAGGACAGUAGUAUUUAUAUAUGGAAUUUGGAGAGCAAAGAUUGGUCUCAAACACAGUCUUUGCAUAAAGCAUCAGUUACAGCUUUACAAUGGAGUUCUUUUGGAACAAGAAUUGCAUCUGGGGAUGAGGCAGGAAUGGUGUUUGUUUGGAAAAUUGAUUCUAAAGGUCGUCCACUUGCAAAGCCAUUGUGCCAAGAAAAUCUUCCAGAACCAAUUCAUCAAAUUAUUCUUCAACCUCCUGAAAAUCCAGAUUCUUAUGUAGAAGUACGUAAUCUUGUGAGAGCAGCUGUCAGUGGAGAUCAAAAAGCCCUCGAUAUGUUUGACUGGAAAGAAGGCAAAAAUGACAUGAAAUUUGCUUCCUUUUUUGGACUUUCAGAAUCUGUGAAUUUCUUUUUGGGUGGAGCCAGUGGUGGAGUGUACCAUCUUUUGGAAAGUGGAGACUGCAUCCAAUUGUUUUCAGUGGAAAGUCAAAUUAUGAAGUUGAUGUUUUAUACUGAAAAAAACAUUCUGGUCACAUUGACAAGUAAUUUGAUGUUAAGUCAACACACCAUUGAAAAAGGACAACAAACUAGGGAAAUUAUGAGGGUCAAACUGAGUGGGAAACCAGAAGACCCAAAUGUCGUCUGGGCAGGAAAAGGGAUUCUGGCCAUGGCCACUGGAGAAAAUGUUCUCAGAAUGUUUGAUUUGGAUCAUGAGGAAAAUUAUUUACUGAGUCUUGAGAAUCAUCCUGGUUAUGUUUCAAAUGAACAAAUCCUCUGUGUAGAUUAUUGUAAGAAAAAAGGAAUUGUUGCUGCUGGCACUCAAAUGGGUAAUGUUGCCAUGUGGAAAUAUUCCUCUUUUACACCUCCAACAGUUUCCCAAAAAGUUGAUGGAGAAACAAAAUGGAAAUUGCAGUCUCCAAUUUCUGUCAAUGGGCCUGUCAGACAUCUUAUGUGGAGUUUGCCAAAGAAUUUACUUUGUGUUAAUCUGUGGAGUUCUGCCCUGAUCCUCAGUGAAAAUGUCAUGUGUUUUUGUUUUAAUAAACAGAUAUCAGUGGUUCAAAUGAGUCCAACUACAAUAUCAAUUGAAGUUUUUACAAAUGGCAAAAAACAAACAGUAAAAUGUGAGAUGAAAGUGAAAGGAAUUUACACAACAAAGGAUGCACUUGCCGUAUGGAAUGGAAAACAAAUUCAUGUUUAUGAAUAUUCUGCGGAUAAUUCUUACGUCAAACCUGUUGCUAAUUUUGGAACUGAUUCCAUGAAUGUGUGCAUUUUUGAACAAAGUAUUCUUGUGAUUGAACAAUUUGCAGUCAAAGUGAAAACAUUCCAGGGUACAGUAAAACAAGUGCUUGAAUUUACCGAAAUUGAUGGUCAGCCUAUCUGCAUGGAUAUCAGUGAGCAUUUUAUGGCUGUUGCUACUGCCAAUGGAAUAAUUCGACUUUUUGAUUUGUCUAAGAGAAAAAUCCGCCCACAUGCAGUUCCAAAAAGCUUGAAAGGGUUAAUACCAGAUCUUGGCUACAUUUCCUCAAUUAAAUGCAGUUGUACGGGCAAUCAAGUCAGCAUUUUGUGUGUCAAGGGUGAUGGCAGUCCGGACAGUAAACUUUAUAUUUGGGACGUUGAAUCUGACAAUGUUCAGUUUUUUAAUUUUGCAACUGGUUGGGGAGAACAAGAUGAAAACAGCCCAAGAUCCAGUGAAGAGGAUGAAGAUGGAUCUCCAAUGAGUGAUGCCAACAGAAGCAAAAGCCGAGCUGCAAAAGAUGUGUCGGGUCGAUAUCCAAUCUCACAUUUUUGGGAUCCCAAAGAACAACGAUUGCUUUGCUGUGAAGCAAAACUUAUUCACAAAGAACCUGAAAUGUCAAAACCAGGAAGUCCCAAAAGCAACGAUAAUGAUUCCAAUGAUUCUUUUGGAAUGGUGGAAAUUAUGAUUGUUUCUCUGUUCAGCACGACAGACAAUGGAAUUUUGAUUCAGGAAAAUAUUUCCCUCCAAGAACCUUAUAAAUACCUUAUUGGAAUUGAAGUUCCCUAUUACUACCUUCUAAAAUCGUCAAGUGAGGAAGAAUCAAAUUUUAGCAAUGAUAUCAACAAAAAAGACGGCCAUGUCUCAUCAUUGGUGGCUCAGCUCACAAUGCGAGAUUUUAUUGGUUUGGAGUCAAGCGACAAAAACACUCAAGACGCAAUGAUGGAUUUUAGUUUUCAUUUGGCCAUUGGAAAUAUGGACGAAGCAUUCAAAGCAAUCAAACUUAUCAAAAGUGAAUCUGUUUGGGAGAACAUGGCAAAGAUGUGUGUGAAAACACAACGUUUGGAUGUAGCCAAGGUGUGCCUGGGUAAGAUGGGUCAUGCUCAGGGAGUGCGAGCCUUGAACAGGGUAAUGGCAGAACCCGAACUUGAAGCCAGGGUUGCAAUGCUAGCCUUGCAUCUCAAUAUGGUUGAAGAUGCAGAAAGAUUGUUCAAGAGUUGCAAACGGUUUGAUUUGUUGAACAAUUUCUACCAAAAUUGUGCAGAAUGGAAAAACGCAUUGGAAGUUGCUGAGUUGCAUGACCGUGUUCAUCUGAGAAGUACUUAUCACACUUUUGCCAAACACUUGGAAGCAAAAGGUUCAACAAGCACAGCCAUUGAAAAUUACAAGAAAGCAGAAACACAUGUCUAUGAAGUGCCACGUAUGCUGUAUAACAAUCCUGUACAGUUGCAAGAAUAUAUUCAGAAGAGUAAAGACAAGGCCUUGUAUAAGUGGUAUGCCCAAUACCUGGAGAGCAUUGGAGACUUGAAACAAACCAUCCAAUAUUAUGAAAUUGCCCAGGAUUACCUGUCUCUUGUGCGAGUGUUCUGUUUUCAAGGAGAGAUAACCAAGGCUUGUGAAAUUUGCAAUGAAUCUGGGGAUCGUGCAGCUUGCUAUCAACUUGCUCGUCAAUAUGAAAUGCAAGGAGACAUAAAACAGGCUAUUAAUUUCUUCACUCGGUCAGAAACUUAUGGAAAUGCAAUCCGCUUAUGCAAGGAACACGGGUUCGAGGACCAGAUUUUGAAUCUUGCUUUGUUGGGUCAACCUGAAGAUAUGGUUGAAGCUGCAAGAUAUUUUGAGCAAAAACCAGGAAUGGAAGGAAAUGCUGUCAUGUUGUAUCAUAAGAGAUUUGUAAAUGGCAAUAAAAUGAAAGAAAAUAACGUCUCAUUGAAUCCCUUUGACUUUGACAAUCUUCAUUCAAACAUCUCUCUCUCUCUCAUGCUCUUUCCAUGUCUCUCUCAUGCUAUUUCCUUCUCUCUCUCUCUCUCUCGUGCUGUUCUCUCUCUCUCAUGCUGUUCUCACUCUCUAUCUCUUUCUCUCUCGUACUGUUAUCUCGUGCUCUUCUCACUCUCUCUCUCUCUCGUGCUCUUCUCACUCUCUCUCUCUCUCGUGCUCUUCUCACUCUCUCUCUCUCUUGCUCUUCUCACUCUCUCUCUCUCUCGUGCUCUUCUCCUCUCUCUCUCUCUCGUGCUCUUCUCACUCUCUCUCUUGCUCUUCUCCUCUCUCUCGUGCUCUUCUCCUCUCUCUCUCUCUCUCGUGCUCUUCUCACUCUCACUCUCUCUCUCUCGUGCUCUUCUCACUCUCAUCUCUCUCUCUCUCUCGUGCUCUUCUCCUCUCUCUCUCUCUCUCACUCUCUUCUCUCUCUCUCUCUCUCUCUCUUCUCACUCUCUCUCUCUCUCUGCUCCUCCUCUCUCUCUCUCUCUCUCUGUGCUCUUCUCUCUCUCUCUCUCGUGCUCUUCUCUCUCUCUCUCUCUCGUGCUCUUCUCACUCUCUUUCUCUCGUGCUCUUCUCACUCUUUUUUACUCUGUCGUGCUUUUCUCACCCUCUCAUGCUUUUCUCUCUCUCUCAUGCUCUUCUCUCUCGUGCUCUUUUUCUCUCUCUCUUGUGCUCUUUCUCUCUCUCGCGUGCUCUUUUUCUCUCUCUCUCUUGUACACUUUUUCUCUCUCUCAUGCACUUCUCUCUCUCUCUUGUGCUCUUUUUCUCUCUCUCUCAUGCUCUCUCUCUCACAUUUUAGUCAAUCCUCUCUGUCUCUGUUUUCAAUACUUUGGACUCCCACAUGAUUAUUUUCUUUCCAGUGCUUCUUUCCUCCUCCAAAUGUGCCCAAUGAAUUGCAGUCUUGCUGGUAAUUUUUCCAAAGCCCUCGAAUUGUCUUUUAACAGCAAACAAUUUGGUGCCUUACAAACCAUUUCUGCAGAACUGGAUGAAAGAGCUGACCCUGAGCUCUUGGAACGAUGUGCUGAGUUCUUUCUGGAGAAUUCUCAGUAUGAUAAAGCAGUCGAACAUUUAGCAAUGGCUAAAAAGUAUUGGGAUGCGAUCAAAUUGGUGGUGGAGCAAAACAUUCCUAUGACUACUGAACUGGCUGAGAAGCUGACUCCUUCCAAGGGACCAAACGAGGCUAACAACACAGAACGCUUGAAGAUCUUGGAAGCGAUUGGCAAAAUAUGCACACACCAAGGAGAAUAUCACAUGGCAACAAAAAAAUUCACACAGUCUGGCAACAGAGUCAAGGCAAUGAAAUGUUUGUUGAAAUCUGGUGAUACAGAAAAGAUUUCAUUUUUUGCCACAGUUUCACGUCAAAAAGAAAUUUACAUCAUGGCUGCUAAUUAUUUACAAUCAUUGGAUUGGAUGAAAGAUCCGGAAAUCAUGAAAAACAUAGUCACGUUUUAUACAAAAGGAAAAGCAAUGGACUCUCUGGCUGCUUUCUAUGAUAUGUGUGCCCAGGCUGAAAUAGAUGAGUAUCAGAAUUAUGAAAAAUCACUUGGUGCCCUUGGAGAAGCAUAUAAAUGUUUACAGAAGGCAUUGGAAGGGGAUAGUGAUUGUUCCCCAGUGCAGAAAAGAAUGGAUGACCUCAAACAGAAGAUUAUCUUAAUCAGAAAGUUUGUUAAUGCACGCAAAAUUUAUGCUGACAAUCCUGAUGAUGCUGUCAAACAGUGCCUUAGUCUUUUGGAAGAACCUGACCUUGAUAUUUCUGUACGUGUAGGAGACGUCUAUGCAUUUUUGAUUGAACACUAUGCCUGCCAAGAGAAAUGGAAUGCUGCGUACAAUCACAUUGAAGAAUUGAUGGGUAAAGUGCCAAAUGCAAACAUUACUUAUUACGUCAGCCCAAAGACAGUUGAGCUAACCUAUCAACAACUGGGGAUGGCAGUUAGACUUUCGAGAACUCUCCUCCCACGAACGUUACUAGUGAGGAAGGAAUUCGAAUUUCUUUCAAAGAAACAAAUACAUCUUAUAUUUCGCUUUUCUCUUUCUUUUCUUUUCGCUUUCUUUUUUCUUUCUUUUCUUUUUACUUUCUUUUCUCUUUUCUUUCUUUUCUUUUCAUCUUCUUUUCUUUUUUCUUUUCUUUUUCUUUCUGGGUGUAAAAACUUAUAG